GUACAAUUUUGCAAUUAGAUAUACGCAAAUAUAACAUCACGCGCUUUCGAUAAACCGGACACAGCAAUGUCGGAGGACAAAGGCGAGAAGCCAGCAGGUGAGAUGGACCAUCCCUCUAGUCGCCUUGAGCACCAUGGAGCCUCCAGAAGAGGCAAGGAGUGGUCCUCUGAAGAGGAGGAAUUCCUGAGGGAGCUAAAAAAAGACACGAGCAAAUCCUGGCCAGAAGUGAUAGAUUGUUCUCGAACCGAUACCCGGGCAGAAGCAAAGGCUCGAUGCAAGUACGCUGGUAUACAAAGGUCCUAGGACACAGCGCGGUCGGCCAGUGUGCACAAGGAACUGUAUCUGAUUGACAGAUUCUUUUCUCACGCGAGUGCCGUUCUGAAAUUGAGGCG